CACACCUUCCCGGCGUUCCCCGGCCGCGCAUGCGCAGAGCUGUGUGUGUGCGCGCCGGUGUCCGUCAGCCCGCUGUGCACCGAUUGCGGCCUGUUGCCGCUCGUCCCCUUGGAGCCAUGAGGCCGUAGAGCCCGCCCAGCACAGCCAGCAUGUUCGGCCGCUCCCGGAGCUGGGUGGGCGGCGGGCACGGGAAGGGAACCCGCAGCAUUCACUCCUUGGACCACCUCAAGUACAUGUAUCAUGUCUUGACUAAAAACACAACAGUGACAGACCACAACCGCAAUCUCCUGGUGGAGACUAUUCGUUCUAUAACAGAGAUCCUUAUAUGGGGGGACCAGAAUGACAGCUCAGUGUUUGACUUCUUCUUGGAGAAGAAUAUGUUUGUUUUUUUCUUGAACAUCUUGCGCCAGAAGUCCGGCCGUUACGUGUGUGUGCAGCUGCUGCAGACUCUGAACAUCCUUUUUGAGAACAUCAGUCAUGAAACAUCACUGUACUACUUGCUGUCCAAUAAUUAUGUGAAUUCUAUUAUUGUCCAUAAAUUUGACUUUUCUGAUGAGGAGAUUAUGGCAUAUUAUAUAUCAUUUUUGAAAACUCUUUCCCUGAAACUCAACAAUCAUACUGUGCAUUUCUUUUACAAUGAGCACACGAAUGACUUCGCUUUGUACACAGAAGCCAUUAAAUUUUUUAACCACCCAGAAAGCAUGGUCAGGAUUGCUGUUAGGACUAUAACUUUAAAUGUCUACAAAGUGUCAUUGGACAACCAACCUAUGCUGCAUUACAUUAGAGAUAAAACUGCGGUCCCUUAUUUCUCCAACCUUGUCUGGUUUAUUGGAAGCCAUGUGAUUGAACUGGAUAACUGUGUGCAGACUGAUGAAGAGCACAGGAAUAGGGGCAAGCUGAGUGACCUGGUAGCAGAACAUCUUGACCAUUUGCAUUACCUUAAUGAUAUACUUAUCAUUAAUUGUGAAUUUUUAAAUGAUGUGCUGACGGACCACCUACUUAAUAGGCUCUUUCUUCCCCUCUAUGUGUAUUCAUUAGUAAAUCAAGAUAAGGGUGGGGAGCGUCCUAAAAUAAGCCUCCAAGUUUCUCUCUACCUUCUUUCUCAAGUUUUUCUUAUUAUACAUUAUGCCCCUUUGGUGAACUCAUUGGCUGAGGUUAUACUUAAUGGUGACCUGUCAGUGUUUUCUUCUAAAGCUGAGCAAGAUGUUCAGAAAAACUCAGCGAAGUCAAGUAUCAGAUGUUUCAUAAAACCAACAGAAACACUUGAGAGGUCUCUUGAAAUUAAUAAACAGAAGGGGAAGAAGAGAGUGCAGAAAAGACCCAACUAUAAGAAUGUUGGUGAAGAAGAUGAGGAGGAAAGACAAUCUGAAGAUACCCAAGAUGACUCAGAUAAAACUAAAAGCACAGAAGCAAGUUCAAAGGGCAUCAGAACAAGCAGUGAAAAUGAAGAAAUAGAGAUGGUGAUCAUGGAGCGAUGCAAACUCUCAGAAUUGUCCAUCUCUGCCGUGACAGAACAGAAUACAACAGAUGAAGAAAAGAGUGCUGCUGCCUCUGGAAGUGAGAUAACAAACUGGAACAGGCCAUUCCUUGAUAUGGUCUACAAUGCACUGGACUGUGCUGAAGAUGAUUACUACGCCCUCUUUGUGCUCUGUCUUCUCUAUGCAAUGUCACACAAUAAAGGCAUUGACCCAGUCAAGCUGGAGAGAAUUCAACUUCCCGCUCAACAUGCUGAAGAGAGAAAUUCGUAUAAUCAUGUACUUGCAGAAAGGCUCAUCAGAAUAAUGAAUUAUGCUGCACAACCAGAUGGAAAAAUCCGUUUGGCAACUCUAGAACUUGGCUGCCUCUUGCUGAAGCAGCUUGUGUUUUCUAAAAAUGGCAGCAUAAUAAAAGAUGUUCAUCUUGCAUGCCUUGAGGGUGCAAGGGAAGAAAGCGUUCAUCUCCUUCGCCGUUUCUAUAAGAAGGGAGAAGAAAUUUUUCUGGAUAUGUUUGAAGAUGAAUAUCGGAGUAUGACAAUGAAGCCCAUGAAUGUGGAGUACUUGAUGAUGGAUGCCUCAAUUCUGUUGCCUCCAACGGGAACACCACUGACUGGUAUUGAUUUUGUGAAAAGAUUGCCUUGUGGAGAUGUGGAAAGAACGCGAAGAGCAAUCAGAGUUUUCUUUAUGCUUCGUUCAUUAUCAUUGCACUUGCAAAGCGAGCCAGAAACCCAGUUACCACUGACAAGGGAGGAGGAUCUGAUAAAGACAGAUGAUGUUCUCGACUUGAAUAACAGCGAUCUAAUUGCUUGUACAGUCAUAACAAAGGAUGGAGGUCAGGUUCAAAGAUUCCUGGCUGUGGAUAUUUACCAGAUGAGUCUGGUUGAGCCAGAUGUUGCCAGGCUUGGUUGGGGAGUAGUUAAGUUUGCAGGCCUUUUACAGGAUAUGCAGGUGACAGGAGUAGAAGAUGACAGUAGAGCUCUGAACAUUAUAAUUCAUAAACCUGCCUCGAGUCCUCAUUCUAAGCCCUUCCCUAUUCUUCAAGCCACAUUUGUUUUUUCUGAUCACAUUCGCUGCAUUAUUGCAAAGCAGCGUCUUGCAAAAGGCCGAAUCCAAGCGCGGCGUAUGAAAAUGCAGAGAAUAGCAGCUCUCCUGGAUCUUCCUGUUCAGCCUUCAAAUGAAGUUAUGGGUUUUGGACAGAGCUCUGCAGCUACAUCCCAGCACCUUCCAUUUAGAUUUUAUGAUCAUGCACGGCGUGGUAGCAGCGAUCCUACGGUGCAACGUUCUGUUUUUGCAUCUGUUGACAAAGUUCCAGGCUUUGCUGUGGCCCAGUGUAUAAAUCAGCACCAUCCAUCACCACUCUCAUCACCAUCGCCGUCCAGUGGCAGUGGCAGUACAGGGCGCUGUGAUUCAGUGGCUGCAAGCUCAGCUUCCACUCCUUCUGUUGCACAGAGUCCAUCAGGUCUGGCAGGAAAGGACGACGGCGGGUGUUUAGUCUGUCGGAGGCUGACAGUCACGGUGGACACUGGGUUUAGGUCUUCAAGCAGCAGCUGCAACCGAAACUCACGCAAUAUCCAUUCAGAUGACUCUUCAGCUCCAGAGCAGCCCCGCACGACCGUUUCUGAUCAGAUGACAUUGACUGAUGAAACUCUUUCAGCUGUCUCAAAGUCUAGCAAGAGUGCUAUAAAAAACAAUGACAUAGAAACAGCAAACCUGUCCCCCAGCCUGAUUCCUGCACAGCAGCCCACAAUAUCAUUAAUAUCAGAUGACAAUACAGAUGCACUAAGUGUAGAGUCACUUACACUGGUCCCACCGGUCGAUUCACACAGUAUUCGUACGUUCAGCUGCAUUCCUCAGCCGUCUUUGCAGUCUGAACUUGAAGUUUGCAAGGUAAAAGAGACAGAAGAAGAAUGUUCUGACUAAGUCUACCCACAGACUGUGAUAGAGUGACGCAAAUUAACCAAAUUUGUCAUUGUUUUUUGUUUUUUUUUUUUCUUUGGGAGCACAAGAUACUUCCUGCAGCAUCAGAGACAUCUGGUCUGCGAGAAGAGGCCCAGCAAUGAAAGAAUGUGGGCAGCUUUCAGAAUAAGCAUCAGAUGUUUGGCAUAUUUAAACUAGGGGAGGAAAAGAAACUGGAUUGGAUAUUUCCCUUCCUAUUUCUGUUGUACAAGAGCACCUACUUUCUUCCCAUUAUCAGAUGAAGCUCCAGCUGAAGUAACCUGAUUGUUAAGGACCUACAGCGUUACGGCAGAGUGAAGAUGUUUUUGGAUACCUGGCUUAAAGAUGUGGUAUUGCUAUUUUGAAACUGGAGACAUACCAUUCACCAGGAAGAAGUGUAAAUUAUAAUACAAAGAUUCCAUUUCCAUUUGUUUCAUGGUUUUUUAUUCUGAUCUCAAUUCAGCUUUCGGAGGCCAGUAUGAUACCAGCAGGCUCAGCCCCUUUCUGUGUUGCAUUCGCAGGACUCCAAAGUUCAGUGCUUUGUUUUCCAUGUGUAAUAUUUGUUUCAAAGCCAGAUGCAUCUAAACAUAUUUUUUUCAUAAGGUAAUACUCUGAAGCUUAAUUUGACAAAUGCUUAGUUAUAAGAUUGCAAGGGAAUUUUUAAACAUUUUUAGUCUUUGCUUAACUAGAUACAAAGAUACAAAAUAUUUUAAUAUCUACUGCUUGUUUGUUCACUUCUGACAGUCAAAUUGCUACACUUCCGAGGAACAAUAGUAUGAUGAUACCCUUCCUACCGAAGAACAGCUAGAAGCAGACAGAGGCAGUUUUACUCUUAAGAGGUUUGGGAGGUUUUGUUAUUGGAGAUCUUUCUUGUUGGUUUCUUUGGACUUUGGUGGGGUUUGUUUGUUUGUUUGUUUUUGUCUGUUUGUUUCUCGCCAUCACAUAGGAAUAAUUCCAGUAAUUUCUUUGGAAGUCUGAAAAUGAAAACGAAAGCUAUUGGGUUUUCUUUUCCUUUUUGGGAGUAUCACCAAAGGAAAUUACAGCAUCAGAGUGGUUGAGUUUGUUUGCCGUACUUUGCCUCAUAGAUUCUAAAUCUGAGCUGUGAAGAAAUGUGGAUUAAAGUUUGGAAUGCUCUUUGCUGGCUUUUAUACGUAAUUUACUGUGACUGGUAAAUUUAAGCUUUCUGAUCGAUUUCCAUGCAUAUUAAGUUAAGCCAGUAGAAAAAAAAGAGCAGUGUCGUUAUUGUUCUGUGUAUUACACUGAGUGCUCUCUGGCUGUCAAACAUUGAAGUCUACUGUAAACUUGCUGUUGUGAUUUCCAUCAUCAGUGCAAUUGGUUUCCUGGUUCUGCCUCUACUAAUAUUGAUUUCUAAUCAAAUAGGUGAAUCUGAAAAGUUCUUGCCUACUUUCCCAUCUUAAUGUACCUCUUCCUUGCUGUCAGGUGGAAUACUUGAAUUGAUUUAUAUGUAAUAUUUAUGAGAUUUAAUCAUCCACGAGUAUAUCUUGACUCACUUUUUGAUCUUUUCCUUUGUGUAAAACUUGUAUAUAAGAUGCCUGCUAUUGAAAAACAGCAUCUUUUUAAUUCCCUUAUUAGCUUUUACAUGCAGUUUUAUUGAUUUCUACUUUUCUGUGGCUUCUAUUUUGUUUUAAAUUGAAUUAGCAAAUAUUCCAACCACUCCAGAAUGGCACAAACUCUAAAAUGAAAUGAGGGAAUUAGGCGUUCUUAUGGGUGUAUGAUGGUGAGAAUUUGGCCUUGCUGCUAGAGUAAGAGGCCACGGUUUUGAGUUUAGAUUUUUCCAUGUGCUGAGGGUAAGUUCAUACUGCAGUUACUGUUGUGGCUAAUACACAUGUAUCUGAACAAGUAGCAAUUUGGGCAGAAGAAGCACAUAAAUAAAUUUUUAUUAGCUGAAUUUCCUGUAGUCUAGACUUCCUCCACCAUGUUGAAGCAUUACACUGUAGCCCCAGUAAUAUUCUGAAGAUCAUUAUAAUGAUGAUGCCUUAAUUGGAAAGCGUUUUAUGUUAGCUGUUAACCUUGACUCUUGACCUGGAUUACAGAAAAUGCCACUGUGCGGGCUGAGUUCCCCUAAAUAGUAUGAAUUCUAGACAGGAAAACCUUGAUCUUUAUUUAUCUUAUUUAAAAUUCAGCUCUAGCAAGAUUAGGGCCAUGCACAGAGGGACUUUUAUCGGGCAUGCAUAAUCUCACCCUUGAGCCACACUGCACAAGAAAUGGUGAUGAAAGAAAGGUGACUUUGUGCUUUUCAUUGCUUUGGAGUGGCUGUUCAAUCUCACGACCAGGUGUUUCCUGUGGAGCUCUCAGUAGGCAACUGAGGUACAGUUAUUAGGAAAAUAUUAAAGCAUCUGUGUAUACAGUCUGACUGCGUUUCAUGCUGUAUUACGAGUCUUCAUAACACAGAAGCUCUGGAGAUGCAGCAAUACAUCAUCUGGCUAUCUUAUCUCCAUGAGUUGUGUUGUUACUAAUCUACAAUUCCUUGAAGAGUAUCGUAUCUGUCUUAUCAGAAAAGCUCAAAGGCUAUUUCCUUAUCCUCAUUUCACUGUAAAAAGGAAACUCAACCAAGAAAGCAUUAGCACAUCAGCCACAAAUACGUUUUCUUCUCAAACAAAAGUUGAUGUGAGUCAGUGUAGCAUCACUCACUUUAACAGAAUCUGAACACCGAGUUGCAAAUGAGAGCAGCUGCUGAACUACUGACUGUUCUUGCUCUGUCAGUGCAACACUGCAGGCGAAAGGGGAGAAAAUGAGAAAAAAUCCUUAAAUGUUGUGAGGUGGUAAAUGCUCAGUGUGUUUUGUAGAGGCUGAGCCAUAUUCUGAUAACAAAACAGCUCUGUUACUCUUUUUCAUUUUGAGAAGAGACACCAAGGACACCAAGGCCUGCUGCAUGUUGCUUUGUGCUGUGGUCUGUGUCUCACUGUAUUGAACUUUACCAGGAUACCAAUUGCCUGAUCUCUUGCUGUCACUGCUCAGUCUCACAGCCUCUUGCAGGUCCUUUUGCUGUUCUGUCAUACAGUGGGCAGUACUGGACAAGGCUCCAGCAUUUCCUUUGUGAGAAGCACAGUGGCAGCAUGCAUGUGGUGAAGCAGAGAGUGGUCAAUUCCAGUGUCUGCCUCGCUGGUGGGUGAUGCUUGUAGUGUAAAACCUGUGUAACAUAAUUUCUUUCUUGCUCAAAUUCCUGGAUAUAGGAAGAAACCAAACAUUUCACAUUCUGCCCUGUUUUUCACAAGCUGUGUGGGUUAAAACAAAUUUACCAGAAAUACAGUCAUACGUAUUAAUACUGGAGGCUGUGUUUCGUGUGUAGUCAUGAAUUAUGCUGUAAAGGCUGAACUCAUUUGUAUUUUCACAGCUAACUCAUAAAGUGAUUCUAUGAAUUCAUGAUGAACUAAAAUUCUGACUUCUGUUCCUUAAAUUAAGCUGACCUUAUAAAAUUACACCUGUUAAAGAAGCUCCUUAAUGUUCCUCGCUUUACAGCACAGCUGCAAGUUUCUCUGAAGUCAUUUGUGGAGAAAUUACAAAAAAUCAGUAAUAUCUUCCAGAACUGAUUUACUCUUCUGAAAUAUUCUUGCUGAAGUAUGGGCAUAUGGCAUUUAAAAACCCUUCUUCUUUCUCCAGAGUUUAGGACUCUAAGUUAGUUGGUGAUCAGAGUUUAAGUCAACAUCUAGUAAUUCAUAGAAACCCUUUGUCCCAUACUGACAGAAUAUAGGGGGAAAUAAUGUUCUUCUGUGGAUUUGAAACAUUCUUCUGUGCAUGAUUUUAAAGUUCAAUGCCUAAAAUAGUCUAUAGCAGCAUCACCAGUUGUUAGGCUUUGAAGUUUCUGUGAUUUUUUUUUUUUCUUACUGAGCAGUGAGACAUGAGUAGCUGUAAUUGUCACACUUGCAGCAAGGAACACACUUGCAGCUCAGAUGUUUACUGAUGAUGGAGCUCAAUGAUUGCCCUGCAGCUGAGUGUCAUUUUGCUUGCAGGAAAUGGGUUUCCUUUUCUCCUGAAGUAAAUGAAACAUAAAAUUCUCUUCUUGAAGCUGUAAGACAACCAGGCUGAGCACUUUGUGAAAGUGAACAUAAGACUUGAAUCGUGUGAUGCUGUUGAUGCUCCAGUGUAUUUGGUCUCUCUUUUACUGCACAGGUGUUAGAGGUAAACACAGAAUAGCUUAAUAAGCACUCUUGCAAAGAAAAGAAAAUCAUGCUGAGUAUUCAGACACUGUCCUUGCUAUCCUGCUUUUCAAUGGGCAGGUAGAGCUAUACAGAUAUUUCCUUGUAAAAUCUAGGAAUCCUUGUGCUAUCUAGGAAACUUCACCUUUUUGUCUUAGUGCUGAGUGAAUGAUUCAGAAAGAGAAAUGAAAUCAGGGCAUCAUGGAGGUCUGGGCAUUUUCCCUCAUGAGUGGUAACUCUCCUUGGUAAACUUCCUACCCAUUUUCAGGCAGCCUGACCGUAGGCAUCUGAUAUGUGUAGGAAGUUCUGAACUGUUGCUGUCACUCUUUACUGACCGCAGGACAUUGUUCCCCUGGGCACUGCUCUUCCAUUAUCUCUUGAGUUUUAUGAGUGAUUUCCUGUGUUGUGUGCUCUGGUGCUCUGAUCUUUCCUAACAUCUGCAUCACAAAUUACGAACAUACCUAACAACUCUGUCUGUCUCCUAUCAACUCUAGCAAAGCAGAUGGUGACCCAAGCAGAGCUUGCUGGGGUAGAGCUGUCUAAGGAGGUGGGGAAGGGGGAAAUACUUGUGGGUUUUUUCUGCUGUUCUGGAUUUCUUUGAGCAGCAACAGAAAUGUGGGAGAUGAAGUUCUGGACUGAGUCUGAAACAGAAGGUUAUUUCAUAUGGAAAAAUAUUUUUAUAUUACAUUUGUACAAAAUUUUCCCUAUUUUGGUCUCCCAAAAUUUUUAAGGAUAUGCACAUUGCUCAAACUUGAUUUGUUUUGCAGGAUGUUUUAAGAUAUGUGUUAUGUUUGCUAAUGUAUUACAAAUGUAAAGCUAAGUUUUGCAUGUCUAAUAAACAUGCACUGUGGCAAUGCGUGUUUUGUUUGGCUAACUUGAAGUCAGUGCUUCUUAAUGAAUAUGGAAGGGAACUUGAGUCAUUGUUGUGACCGUCUCUUGAGCAUAAAUGAAUGUGUGGAGUGUGUUUAUUUAAAAAGGGCUUAACUAAGUAAUGACAAGGAAUACUUGUUGAUGACAAAGGUUAGAGUUAAAUAAAGUUCAGCUUAGUAUAUGGUGUUCUCAGGACUCUUUUCAUGUUGUGGUCUUUAAAUAAGAUUUUUUUGUCAUCUUUUGGCUAUGGGCACUCAUACUGGUGUAAAAUGGGCUUAAGACGUGGUAACAGCAAUCUGAUACUUAGCGUCUCUAUGAGAUGAGAGUCUGAGUGUUUGUGUAGAGCUGUAUUUAAAUACUUCUGCCACAAUUAGUUCUUAAAAUGUACAUAAGGAUAGUUUUUGAAGAGGACUGAGAAUAGCUUCAUGCUUCUACAUUUAUGGACUAUUAGAAUUCCUAGGAGCUUUGUUUUACCUGUGGUAGCACUGAAGAACAGAUGGUUACAUCUCUGGGGGACCUGCUGGGAGCAUUUUCAGCUUUAGGGGCUGGCUUUAGGCAUCUCCACUUGUGAAUGUGCAUUGAUGUUUUGUUGCAAACGUUUUGAUUCGUUUUGAGCUGUUUUGCAAGAUGGAUUGUUUCAGGUGCAAAGGGAAAUGUAUUUUUCUAGAAGAAUGAAUGUAUCUGGGCUUUGUAUAUUAAAGCAUUUAAUGAACAUGGAAGUCCUAUGAAAUACAUUUCAGAAAUGUCUGAAAUGUGCUUCACUAAGAAAAAAAUAACGUCCUGAAUGUGCACUUCUACAUUUAAAUGGAAAGAAGUCCAAACAUAAGGUGAACGGGGUUCCAAAAUGGCUUUUCUACAGGCAAUAAGUAUUAAUUAUUUAAUGUAAGUUAUGUUAGACAUUUGGAGUAAGUGUGAUGAUAUCUUAUGUUAAUUUAAAGAAAAAUGUAUAAGUGGGAGGGGACUGAACUUAGAAAGUAUUGUUGUAUAUCUCUGAACUCCAGAUUUCUAUAGCUGAGUCUGUAUUUGCUGGCACUGAUCAUGUCCUGGUAUUGAAAACCUGGACAAGAGGGAAUAAUACACCUUUCUAUGUAAAUGGAACUUGGCAAUAAAGAUGAUGUUACUGAAAACUUUA